ACUUGGCUGAAAUUGAUAGUUACCAAGUUCUGCAUCAUGUCCUUCGUACUAUAUGGGAUGGAAAUUUCAUGUCUCCUAUUAUGCAUAGUUUAAAAUCUGAUAAUGGUGCAAAUGUUUUAGAUAUAUGUGAUAUAACGCUGGACGGUGAUAAUCUAGGUCCUGCAACUUUGAAUUUUUGCGAAGACAACAAACAUCUUGACCCAGAGAUAACAUAUCAUCUACCAACAAUAUUAAGUUCUACGCCAACCCUUUCUUCUGAAGUACAUUAUGAAUUAAGAACGAUUCCUUGUGGGUCAUGGGGUGGAAAAGUUGGUGAACAUCAUGAACAGGCUGUAAAAGAUCUCGUUACAAAGUGUUAUAAUGAAUAUUUGUCACCUAAAGCUGCUAUCAAAGUGGUAGAACAAAUCUUACACGAACUUAAGGAUUAUCGAACUAAAUCUUAUUGUCAUAGGAUUUAUGUACAAAAAAUGAAUUGUAAAUAA